AUGCCGCAAGCCAAAACAAACCUCACGCCGGACGAAGACAAGGACCCCCUUACCGAUGACUCCAAAAACCAACAGCCGGCUUCUGAGGAUGCGAACGAGAGAGAGAGCGUGGACUCGCCUGCAGUAGUGAGCGAGGACGCUGGGGCCCCUCCAAGUGCAGUCGGGUCUGAGGACCCAGGUGUGCAUUGGACACCGGAAUGGGAGAUCAUCCUGUUUAACGCCUUGGUGCGGUUCAGACCGGUCGGGGUCCACAAACAUUUCCGCAUGCUAAGUAUGCAGCGGUACUUUCGCCGUGAGACGGGCGUGACCCUCACUAUCCAACAGCUGUGGAACCAUCUCUCCCUCUUCUACGACCUCGGCGCCUUGGAUGCGAUGGCAGACGAAAGCGACGACGAGAUCACGUUCGAGGCGCGACGGAAACGGAGCGGAUACCCAUUCAAAGUGGUGGCGGAGUUCAGUUUGCCUGGAGAUGAGUUUGAUUCCAUUAUCAGCGAGCACCGGAAAGCAGUUUCGCCGGAGCGGAGAGCGUCGCAUGACUCGCCAAGGUCAACUCCUGAGCCGCACAGUGGGAACGAAGGUAACAUUUCGCGAACGCAUCUGCCGAAAUACCGAAUCUGCAACGCUAAUGGUUUGACUACCUCUCGCACCAGCGACAAUCCCAGCCAAGCGUGGAGUAGGCAGACCACGCAAGAACGCCAAGAAAGACUCGCUCACACCCGCCUCCGAACCGCCCGUUCGCCGCACUCGUGCUUCAUCCAACGCCGUUGCGGCUGCCACCACCGAUACCCCGACUAG